AUGGAUAUCCCCAUGGCUUCAGUGAUAACAGGGGCCACAAACAUCAACAUGGUCCCCAGCUACUGCAGGGUCAUGAAUACCAGCAUAAUCCCUGGUGAUUAUUAUCCACCAACCAUGGAUUCUAUCAUUAGACAGUCAGAGAUAGAAGAUGGUGAAUGUGUCUUUCCGUUCUGGUACAGACAUGAAAUAUUCUAUGACUGUGUCAAUUUCAAUGCAAAACACAAGUGGUGUUCUUUGAACAAGACUUUUCAAGGUUACUGGAAGUACUGUUCUCUCUCAGACUAUGCUCAGUGUUCCUUUCCCUUUUGGUUCAGAAACAUGAUCUACUGGGAUUGCACAGAGGAUGGAGAGGUGUUUGGAAAAAAGUGGUGUUCACUCACGCCAAAUUUCAACAAAGACCAGACUUGGAAAUAUUGUAAAUAA